AUGCUGUCAUCGCUCAUGUUUGUACAGGGACUCGCCGUCAAUGGGUUUGUGUACAUGAGUAUAUCAAGCAUUGAGAUCCGGUUUGGUCUUAGUAGCACGGCGACGGGCGUCAUCGUGAGCGCUUAUGAUUUGACAGUCAUGCUGCUCAUUGUAUUCGUCUCGUACUUUGGUGCCACGAGGAAUAAACCCAGACUACUUGGCAUUGGUGCUGUAAUCAUGGGGUGUGGAUCCUUAACGUGGGCUAUUCCGCACUUCACUACUGGUCUAUACGAUUACGACUCUGCGUACGGGGACGAGGACACUCUCUGUGUGCCUGGUAGGAACAUUUCGCACUUAAGUGACUGUGAGGAUGAUGAGUGGGGAGAUCUGUCAAAUUAUGCCUUUGUUUUUAUAUUCGCCCAAGUUCUCCAUGGAAUUGGUGCAUCGCCUAUUUAUACCGUUGGAUAUGCAUUUGCUGAUGAAAAUGCGACCCACAGACAAGCAGCCUGGUACUUAGGUAUAAUGAAUGCGUGUUCUGUGUUUGGUCCUACUGUUGGAUUUCUUCUUGGUGCAUACUUCCUCACUAUUUAUGUAGACCCACUACACCAAGACGAUUUGACGAUAGAUAACUCGGAUCCUAGCUGGGUUGGUGCGUGGUGGAUCGGUUUCUUAUUGACAUGGAUCUUAGCAUGGAUGGUAGCUGGUCCAAUAGGUGCAUUUCCUCCAGAGUUACCAGGAACUAAAGAUAUUCAGCAUGAGCGCCAGUCACAAGCACACCACAAUGACGACGCUGAAUUACUAAAGACUAAAGCGUCCUUUGGUGAAGGAUGGAAAGACAUGUGGCCAGCAACUAAAAUGCUUUUCAAAAACCCUGUCUAUGAUUUCAUGGCUCUUAGUAAGACGGCCAUGGUGUUUAUUGUUGUUGGAUUUCUUCCUUUUAUUAUCAAGUUCCUCGAAAAUCAAUUCGGUCUAACAUCGUCUGAAGCUGGUCUGGUUUUAGCGGCGACGUCCAUGCCUGGAGCUGCAGGAGGUACUUUACUAGGUGGAUGGAUGGUGAAGAAAUUCAACUUGAAAAUAAAAGGCACUGCAAGAAUCUGUUUAUUUGCUUCCUUCAUUACAAUGUGUCUGUUUCCAAUAUUUAUUCUCCAGUGUCCGCAACAACAAAUAGCAGGAGUCAUUACGUCGUACAACUCAUCAGACACGAGUGAUCUUGACGAAGUUAACCUUAACCACCUAUGUAACUCUGUGUGUGGUUGUGCUGGCACAGAGACUUACGAUCCAGUCUGUGGAACCAAUAAUUUGCUAUAUUUUGAUGCAUGCUAUGCUGGUUGCCUGGAUACCCCGGAUGCUGGAGAGACUUAUUACAACUGCAGUUGCAUCUCCUCGGAGAGCGGGAGCGCUGACUCACCGGAAGCUGUAUCUGGGCCGUGCGAAGUCGAAUGCUGGCAACUUCCGGUGUUUGCUGUAGGAUUCUUUUUAAUUAUGCUGCUUGGGUUCACCAUGAUGGCUCCAAGUUCAAUUUUGACGAUGAGGUGUGUACCAGACCAGCAAAGAUCCCAUGCCCUUGGAGUUACUUCGAUUAUAUAUCGUUGUUUUGGAUCAAUUCCAGGACCAAUUGUGAUUGGUGCAGUGAUUGACAGUUCCUGUCUGGUGUGGCAAGAAGUUUGUGGCGAUACCGGAACAUGCUGGAUCUACGAUAACCACACGUUUGGUUUGAAAUUUGUUGUUAUCGGCGUAGCAGGUAGUGCAAUUUCCACAAUCGCCUGUCUAUGUGCUUUGUUAGCCUACAAACCGCCACCAGAGCCAUCUUUGGAUGAAAAACCUGACCAGGGAGACAAAGAGCCGGUAUCGACUAUGGAAAAUGAGACAACGUCUGCUAUAAAACGGGAGACCAGCACCGUUUCUCUUCUGGGGUACACGCGCAAAGACCCGGAUGAUGGCAUUGACAUAACUGAGGUCAUACCUGAAAACAAUAUCUAG